GAACGCUUCUUCACCACCUGCAGCCACCUCGGUAGCUCGCUAGACAACGAAGUCGGAACAUUCAAGUUCUUUAGACAAUUUCCUGGUUUGUUUGCCACUAUGAUUUAAACAUACUUAUGCGGAAACAACUAGCUAUCCCAUUGAAUUCAAUAUUUACGUUGUAAGUCAACUUGCUGGCUGGUUAAGUUAGCACUAGUCUAGUCGCUAAUGCUAACUAGCUAACAUCUCCGACCAUGAGUUCACUAAGCUACUCUCCUGCUGAAGAAGAGGAGGUCUGUUGGACGGAGAAAGAAGCUAUCGUCAAAGAGGAGGAGGAAGAGGAGGCUGUUACAAUACAAAAACAAGUAGAGGGUGAGGCUGUUACAAUGAAAGAAGAAGCGAAAGACGCCUUCAGAGUGAAAGAGGAGGAAGAUGUUACUGUGAAAGAAGAGGAUGAAUAUUCGGUUUUUGGAGUGGAGGAUGAAGUGAAAGAAGAUGAAGAGGUUUUUGGAAUAAAGGAUGAAGAGGGGGAGAUUACUGUCACAUUAGAGGAGGACGAAGAAGAGAGAACUGGAGAACUGAUUAACACCAGUAAAUACAAAGAGAGAUGUGACUAUCGUGGAUCCUCUGGGGGGCCUCAACAUCCUCAGGAUGCUGACAGGGCAGAGAAGAGUCUCUCCAGAUCAGAAUACCUCAAGAAACACCUGCGGAGAUCCACAAGGAAGAAAUCUAAUUGCUGCUCUGACUGUCGGAGAGGUUGCAAAUCUUCAUCAGAACUUAAAAUACACCAGAGAACACACACCGGAGAGAAGCCUUAUAGCUGUAAUCAAUGUGGGAAGAGUUACUUAAGAUCAGAUUCACUAAAAGUACACAUGAGAAGUCACACUGGAGAGAAACCUUAUAGCUGUACUCAAUGUGGGAAGAGUUUUAGUCAGUCAAGCAACCUGUUAUCACACCAGAGAAAACACACAGGAGAGAAAUAUUAUAGCUGUAAUCAAUGUGGGAAGAGUUUUACUACAUCAAGCCAUCUGAUUCGACACCAGAGAACACACACAGGAGAGAAGCCUUAUAGUUGUAAUCAAUGUGGGAAGAGUUUUACUCAGUCAAGCACCCUGGUAUCACACCAGAGAAUACACACAGGAGAGAAGCCUCAUAGUUGUAAUCAAUGUGGGAAGAGUUUUACUCAGUUAAGCACCCUGAUAUCACACCAGAGAACACACACAGGAGAGAAACCUUAUAGUUGUGAUCAAUGUGGGAAGAUUUUUACUACAUCUAGUGAUCUGACGGUACACCAGAGAACACACACAGGAGAGAAACCUUAUAGCUGUGAUCAAUGUGACAAGAGAUACUCUGAUAAAAGAUCUCUGAUCAAACAUCAGAAAAUACAUUCAUGAAGGAGUUGUUUCAUGAUAUCAAUGAAAUAAUGUCACAAUGUAGAAUGUUUUAACAUUGUAGUAGGAGUAUUUUAAUGAUGUCACAAUGUAGAACCCUAAAUGUUUGCCCCCUCAAUUGGUUUCGGCAUUCAUCUUUCCCUUGAUCUUGACGAGUCUGCCAGUCCCUGCCACUGAAAAACAUCCCCACAGCAUGAUGCUGCCACCACCGUGCUUCACCGUAGGGAUGGUGCCUGGUUUCCUCCAGACGUGACACUUGGCAUUCAGGCCAAAGAGUUACAUUUUGGUUUCAUCAGGCCAGAGAAUGUUAUUUCUCAAGGUCAGUCCUUUACGUGCCUUUUGGCAAACACCAAGCAGGCUGUCAUGUGCCUUUUACUGAGGAGUGGCUUCCCCAUGGCCACUCGAUCAUAAAGGCCUGAUUG